AUGGUAACAUCCAUAACACUGCAAGCUCUGGCUUGUGCCUCUGUCCUGGCCUAUGUCAGUGCGCAAAAUAAUGACCUGCCUGUCGUCGAUUUAGGCUAUCAGCUUCAACGUGCUUCAUCUUACUUUGAAGCUCAAGAAGAAAGCCAGACUUCGUACUACAACUUCUCUAACAUUCGGUUUGCUGCACCUCCGACUGGUGAACUUAGGUGGAGAGCUCCUCAAGCACCCGCUGUUAACCGAGAUGUCAUCGAUGAUGGCAACUCAAUUGAGCGUGUUUGUCCACAAGCAAACCCGGGAUGGCAAGUCUUGAUACCCAAUUUCCUCGUCGAUUAUCUGAGUGGCCAAAAUUUCACUCCUCCUGCAAACACAACUUUCUCCCCGCCCCCGAAAGAUCCAAGAGAGACUGAAGACUGCCUGUUCUUGGAUGUUUUUACCCCCAAAGAAGUUUUCGAGCAAGCUGGGAAGGGUUAUGGCGCUCCAGUCUUAGUUUGGGUGUAUGGAGGCGGCUAUACGGCUGGAACUAAAGCGGCCUCUGGCUCGCCAUCUGGUCUGCUUGACCGUAGCUUCACGGCGCCCACCACAGACGGUGUCAUUUAUGUUGCCAUGAAUUAUCGUCUUGGUGUGUAUGGUUGGGCUUCCGGACCAACGAUCCAGACCGAUGGUGUUGCAAAUGCUGGUUUGCUUGACCAGCGAUUUGCGCUUGAGUGGGUUCAGCAGAACAUCGCCAAAUUUGGAGGAGAUCCAAACCGGGUCACUGUUUUUGGCGAGUCUGCUGGUGGCGGAUCUAUUAUGCAUCAAAUCACAGCUUACGGUGGGAUGAAGGGGCCUGUUCCUUUCCAGCAAGCAGUCCCGCAGUCUCCAGGCUGGUUCCCGGUGGUCUCUACAUAUGCCCAAGAAACUACGUUCCAAAACUUCCUUCGACAUGCCGGUGUCAGUUCUUUGGAAGAUGCCCGCCAGCUUGAUGAAGAGACUCUGUACAAAGCCAAUCAGCAACAGGUUGGCCUCGAUUCUCCAUAUGGCCUGUUCACCUAUGGCCCAGUAGUAGACGGUGAAUUCGUUCCUGCUCUUCCAGGCCAACUCCUGUCAUAUGGCCAAUUCGAUCAAAGUCUCCGCGUAAUGGUAGGAUACAACGGGGACGAGGGUCUUCUUUUCACCAGCCCGUACCUGACCAAUGAUACCGCUGUGGACAACUACUUCGUCGAAAAAUUCCCGAACACCCCAUCCGACGUCAUCAAGUACAUCACGGAAGUGCUCUACCCUGCGACCUUUGACGGCUCGCAGCCAUACACAGACUCUAUCGGUCGUGCUGCCCUUGCCCUAUCUGAGCUGGGAUUCACUUGUAACGCAAACUACCUUGACCGCGCGUUUCUCAACCAGACCUACUCAUACUAUUUCACUGUUCCACCGGCGCUUCAUGGGCAAGACAUCUCGUACACCUACUACACUGGCAACACGACGCUUACACCAUCACUAAACCCACUGGGCGUGCAGAAUGCUACAGUUGCCAUUUCGAUGCAAGAAUGGAUCACGAGUUUUGCGCAACUGGGCCGCCCAGUUGGACCAUAUGGCACGCCGAUGUUCAAUACGUAUGGACCGAACGCAGGCAUUGUUGAGAUCAACGGGACGAAUAUCUCGCCUGCGACAGACCCGGCUGCGAAUGCACGAUGUCGAUGGUGGCAGCAGGCGUUGUAUUAUUAGACCUGCACACUGGAAGAAAUCUGCGAGGUAUUCGACGUAUUUUUGUAAUCUAAUGCUAGUAGCAACUGUAUUUUUGGAAUGCACGUUUGCUGUAUACAGAAGAACUCCACAAGAUGCACAGC